AGGGCUACGGGGAGAAUGCGGAGACACCAGGCAAUGGGGGAGCUAGAUACAACAGCAGCAGAGCGCAGCAACAAGAAGAAUAUUACAACCAUCAAACAAGAGAAGACAAUGAACAGCAAAGUUACUCUUGCCAUCUUGACUCUCUUCGUACUUUAUGUGGUUUCUACAGAAGCUGCAUCUCUUAGACACGCAGCAGUGAGCUUGCGAUGCCAAUGCAUUAAAACAAACUCCAAAUUCAUCCAUCCAAACCAUAUGGAGAAUAUUGAAAUCAUUCCAAGUGGCCCACAUUGUCCAAAUGUUGAAAUCAUUGCAAUCCUUAAAAGUGGUUCCCCAGUGUGUCUGAAUCCUAAUGCUGUUUGGGUGAAAAAGAUCAUAGAAAUCAUGACCAAUAGUUCCAAGAAGAAUAAAGCUCACUGAGAGAAGCUCAAAGACUUGACUGCCAAGAAUGUGACACAUAUUCAUGCUGAGACACUGUUCAACUGCAGGAAUUUGUUUAACCAUCAUGUUCAAGCCUGUUGUAGAUCUCAGCAAGUGACUGUAUGACUGAUGAAAAACAGUGCAUUUAUAAAUCAUUGCAACGUGGAGUCAAUCUACUGAGCCAAUCCUUGUUAUAUUUAUUUAAUUAUUAACUUAUUUAACAAUUUUAUUAUUGAAGAAUUGGAUGUGGUACCUCAAAAGCUUGUGGAGAUGCUUCAGUGCAAGGCUGAAAUAAUUCACAAUGAAAUGGAGUAGUGGUUGAAAUAAUAAGCAGCGUCAUAAACCGUUCACCCAGUAUGUUUUGCUAAUGCCCUGUCAGGAAUUCAGGAUUUAGAUCUUCUCUUCACUGAGAGUUCAUUAAUCUGUAUCAUAAUGCCAAGAGAUUAGAAAAUCUCCUGUUAAAUUGCUGGUCAGUUUAGAUGCUGCAAUUUUUAUCCUGUUAUCAUAUUGUCACAUGCUACAUGUUAACAUAAGAUUCAGUGGAAAUGAAGUUUACAAUUUUGACAUGAUAUAUUGUCUGUAUUGUAAUGUUAAAUCUUAUUGUACUUUAUUUAAAUUGUCUUUUAUUUAUUUAUGGUGUUUAUUUUCUA